AAUACUUUCUGUCUCCAAGCUCCAGAGAGUGCAUUCCGGUAUCAAAUAAACCCAGGACCCUGCAUUCACUAUAUCUGGUCUCCCCGGACCCUGCAUUCACUAUAUCUGGUCUCCCCGGACCCUGAAUUCACUAUAUCUGGUUCCCCCCCGGACCCUGCAUUCACUAUAUCUGGUCUCCCCGGACCCUGCAUUCACUAUAUCUGGUCUCCCCGGACCCUGAAUUCACUAUAUCUGGUCUCCCCAGACCCUGCAUUCACUAUAUCUGGUCUCCCCGGACCCUGCAUUCACUAUAUC